AUCCUCCAUUAGAAAAGUUAAAACCGAUUUUGUGCAAAAUUUGAAAUACAUUAGAAAUGGCUAGUAAUUCAAAGAAAAAAGUUGAAAAGGGGCCAACUCCAGAAGAAAUCUUAGCCGGUUUCCAAAAUUUAAGAGCCGAACAAAGAGUUUUGUCCGGAAAGCUUUCAGAAUUUGAAUUAGAUUUGAAUGAACAUAAAAUGGUUAUUGAAACUUUAAAGAAUGUCAACGAAGAUAGAAAAUGUUUCCGGUUAAUUGGAGGUAUAUUAACAGAAAGAAAAGUUAAAGAUGUUCUGCCAGUACUGAUAACAAAUCAAGAAAAAUUAAAAGAAUUUAUCGAAAAGCUCCAUGAACAAAUUUCCAAAAAAGGACAGGAAAUCAAUGAUUAUAGGGAAAAACACAAUAUCAAAUUUAGGGGAUUGGACAACCCCAAGCAAGAUGAACCUGUAUCAUCAACAGAAGCCAGAGGAAAUGUUUUAGUUUCUUAA